GUUAUUUCUAAUCCAAACUGUUCUAAGUUAAAAAGGCAAAUUGCCUCGUACACAAGCAAACAAAUUAAAAAGUCCCUGUAAAAACAGAAUAUUAUGGAGGAAGCGUUAAAUGAGUUAUUAAAAUUUGUUCAAAUCGGUGCACGGUUAGAUUUAAAAGCUGUAGCUGUUGAGCACAUUUUAGGUCUCACUGGUACUCCUGAAGGAACUGAAGCUGUAAGUAACAAGCCCCAGCUUCUAACAGCUCUAAUAAGUCUAUUAGAAGACAAAACAGUCCCCAUAUCGAAAGAUGCAAGUUUAUGUCUGGUGAAUAUAUCGGCUAACGAAAGAGGGGCUACAGCUCUUUUAAAUGUUGAUGUGAAUGCUAAUUGUCCGCCGUUGCAACUACCACCACAACAUAUUGUGACACAAUGUCUGAAUCAAAUAUUUAACGAACAAAGCAAAAUAGCUGAUCAGUGUUGUAUGAUUUUAUCAAACUUGUCCAGGCCAUCGCAUUUGAUUGAAAAAGUUAUUGAUGUUAUAGAGGCAAGUGGUAAAUCCUUUGAUGAACUUAUAAAUAUAUUUACCAAAAAGGAAUUUAAUAAAAAUGCUAAAUUGCAUUAUUUGGGGCCUGUUUUAUCAAAUUUGUCACAAAGUAGCCAUGUCAGGAAGUACAUAUUGGACAAGGAAAAGUGCGUAAUACAAAGAUUGUUACCUUUUACAGAAUAUAAAGAUUCAUUAGUUAGAAGAGGAGGUAUUGUAGGCACCCUUAAAAACUGUUGCUUUGAAGAUAAUCACCAUGAAUGGCUGUUAAGUGAAGAAGUAGAUAUUUUACCAAGAUUACUACUUCCUCUGGCUGGUUCAGAGGAAUUUGACGAAGAAGAUAAUGAUAAAUUACCUUUGGAUCUUCAGUAUCUUCCUGAAGAUAAACAAAGAGAAGAAGAUCCAGACAUAAGGUGUAUUUUAAUUGAAGCCAUCACCCAAUUAUGUUCCAAAAGAGUAAACAGAGAAUUUGUCAGGAAUAAAAAUAGCUAUGUGAUUUUGAGGGAGCUACAUAAGUGGGAGAAAGACAAGAAGGCUUUGCUUGCCUGUGAAAAUUUGGUGGAUAUCUUAAUUAGGACUGAAGAAGAAAUUGUUGAGGAUAAUCUCAAAGAAUUGGACAUUCCGAAUGAUUUGGUCGAAAAUUUCAAUAAAAUGGAUAAUGAAGCUUUGGAAGAACAAUCAUAAGUUUUUAUGGUCAAUUGAAAUAAAUAUGGAAAAAC